AUGGUAGAUGAUGGGUCGGGGGUGUCACGACUAGCUACCGUCAAUAGUUGCCCCGGCUUUUGUGGUCGUCAGGCAACCACAUCGUCAUCUGGAAAUGUCACUUAUUCCAAUUGUCAGGCUUGUAGCUGGGGUCAUCGAAGUGUCGAGAAGUUUCUUUGCUCUUCAUGUGAUGAUCUCUUACCUCUCUACGAUUGGCUUUAUCUUCUUUUUAUUGCUCUAGUCCCUUUGCUAUUGAAUUCGUUCUUCGUGCAACUGUAUGCUCCUCCUAAAAGUACUCGGCAGCACCUAUUCUUACAACAUUUAUGUUGCUUAUUGGAAUGCACCCUAUCCGCCCUAUUCUCUGUUCUUGUAAUGCCACCACGUGGCACUCCAAUUCUUUAUGGUUGCAUUAAGAAUUCAUUGCGGGACUGGUAUCCGGUAUUUUACAAUCCUGUCGUUAAUCAUACAUAUACUUUGCGAUGUACACAGGAAAUAGUCUUUCCACUAUAUUCCUUGCCUUUCAUUUAUUUGGCACUCUGUUUGAUGUGUUUGAUUAUUUUUCGCUCAAUUCUUUACUUAACAGUACUCAAGAAUAGCUAUAUCGCCAGUGACCCAUAUUAUGCUGCACUUUUUGCCAUCCCAGUGAUAGCCCUCUUUCAUGCACUUUUUGCAGGUCUGCUCUACUACAGCUUUGGUUAUGUAGCUUUGGUAUGUAGCCUGAGUUUGAAUGCACUUCAUAUGGCACUUAAACGAGAAAAAUCGAUAUGUAAACUGUAUUACGAAAUGAUAUACAAACCGCGUAAUCUCUUUAUCCUCAUUGUUCAUAUGGCUCUGUUUGGCUUCUCCAUCUUAACGUUAACUUUAAAUCGUAUAACAGCUAGUGGAACACUUAUAUCUUUAUUUGCAGUUCUUCUUGUACCAUUACCAUCGCUAUUCUACCUUGUGACUGUUGGCAUUACUGAUCCAGAACAUGUACAUAGCGCUUUCUAG